CCGAGCCAUGCCUCGAGAAUCAGGACUCUUACGCACUUGCCUGCGAUUGUUUGUUUGUUUUGUGGGCAGAGCCUUAAGAAGAACAGCCUGCCUUAAGAAAGAUUUCGUGAUUAAUUGCAAAUCCGUCUUAUUUGAUAUUAGUGGUUACUGUGAGUACAGAAAGAGCAUUGAGCCACUUUCCCAACUAGUUGCUGUGCUGCUUGGGUUGCAGUUAGUGUCAUUGAGUAUCAGUCACUGACAGACCCCUGACUCCUACUCAUGAGUUAUUUAUUCUUCCUGUCCUAGACGUCUGGAGUCAUUUUAGGCUGGAUAUGCACUUAAAUGAACAACAGUGCAGUUUAUAAGAUGAGUGCAACGGCAGAUGAGCCCGGAGGUGAAAGACCUCAAAAAACUGUGGGAAAAGACCACAAAAAGCUUUCAUCUGAAGCCCUAAGAGGAGCCAUUCAGCUCGGCAUCGGCUACACCGUCGGCAAUCUGACCUCCAAACCAGACAGAGAUGUGCUCAUGCAGGACUUCUACGUGGUUGAGAGUGUUUUUCUACCAAGUGAAGGAAGUAAUCUCACCCCGGCUCACCAUUAUCCUGACUUUCGCUUCAAAAAUUAUGCGCCUUUGGCUUUUCGAUAUUUUAGGGAGCUCUUUGGGAUUAAACCAGACGAUUAUCUGUACUCCAUUUGUAAAGAGCCUCUGAUCGAGCUGUCGAACCCUGGAGCGAGCAGCUCAUGGUUUUAUUUAACCAGUGACGAUGAGUUCAUCAUAAAGACGGUGCAGCACAAAGAAGCUGAAUUUCUGCAGAAGCUGCUUCCAGGAUACUACAUGAAUCUGAAUCAGAACCCCAGGACGCUCUUACCGAAGUUUUACGGGCUUUACUGCAUUCAGUGUGGUGGAAUGACCAUCCGACUGGUGGUGAUGAACAAUGUUCUGCCUCGAUCUUUAAAAAUGGACUACAAAUAUGACCUGAAGGGCUCCACUUACAAACGCAGGGCCUCACGCAAGGAGCGCGCCAAAAGCUCCCCGACCUUCAAAGAUCUGGACUUCCAGGAGAUGCACGAAGGGCUUUAUUUUGACGCAGACACGUACAAUGCCUUAAUGAAGACGCUUCAAAGAGACUGCAGGGUUCUGGAGAGCUUUAAAAUCAUGGACUACAGUCUGCUGCUGGGCAUCCAUGUUCUGGACAGGAGGAUACGCAGAGGAGGCAGAGGGGACAGCAGGCGUCAGGGGACACAGAAGGUGCUCUACUCCACCGCCAGAGAGUCCAUUCAAGGAGACGGUAAAGCUCCUGAACCGGUCGCUGACGCAGAUGACGAAACAUUGGGUGGCAUCCCUGCUAAACACAAAGAUGAGAAGUUGCUGAUCUUUUUGGGGAUCAUUGAUAUCCUGCAGUCCUACAGAUUUAUAAAGAAAGUUGAGCACUCAUGGAAGGCUCUUGUGCAUGAUGGUGAUACAGUAUCCGUCCAUAGACCCAAUUUCUACGCUGACAGAUUCCUGAAGUUCAUGGGCAGCACAGUAUUUAAAAAGAUUCACCCUCUCCGCGGUGCGUCCUCGAGACGGAAGAAAAGCUCCAUUCACGUGUGUAGAUCGGCCUCACAGGAAGUUCUGUCGACAGUAAAAGAGGAGAGUCAAGAUGAAAGAAGAGCACAAAGUCUUGAAAACCUCGAUGAUUCAGAAGAAACACACUCCUGUCAGAAACCUGAUGUUAUUCCUAGCUCGGCCGGACUCAAUCCAGCUGUUUCUGCGGCCACUUUAUCUUCUGCUUCAUCUUUAGACGAUGUGAAGGCUGAAGCGCAGACAGAUUCAGAGAGCAGAGAUGAUUGCAGAGCAUCCAGCUCAACUCUUGCUUUGGAGGACAGUGCUCUUGCUUCUUUAAACUCAGCGCCAAGCACACCCGAGUCUGGUCUGGAUGUCUACCUGUGAUGCGUGCGGCUUUGAGAAGUGGACCAGCUCAUCCGUCAUCUAAAAGACUGAGAAACAGUACUGUCCGUCACUCCAUGACUUUGCACUUUGGAUACUGUUUGUCAAGCUGCUAAAACACACUGACUGAGAAAAGCCUUGCAUCUGAAACAAUGGUAGAGAGAUUGCCACACUAUAGUGCCUUACACUGUCUCUGCACUUUGUACCCAAUUGCAAGCACAAGUUUGUUGUAUAAUAAUAGUUACACUCCCAUUUCGACCAGUGUCUUAUGCACCGGUUGGUACAUAAGGCGUGAACCCAGAUUACGUGUCAGAUUUGUAUCAUUUAUUAUAUGAUAAUUGUGAUUUAAUUAUAUUUUGAGCACUCCUGACUUGUGUUGUGUUGAGUAAUGAUUGCAUUCACUUAUUUGAUCAUUACAGUACAAUGACUAGUACUGAAUAUUAAUAACAUAGGCAACAUGAAGUAAAUAUUGUGUUUUUUGGUCAUGUGAUUUUUGACGCACAAUCAGCACAAUGUAAUGACAUGGGAUGGGGGGAGUUAAUGGUCUGUGUUACUUAGUGUAAAGAUUUACAUGGCUUAAAAAAAACAUGAAUCUUUAAAAAUGUUUUAUAAAAAUGUAUUUAAAUAUAUAUUUUGAUUAGAGUAAUAUAUGAAAUGUUUGUGCUUUUAUGUAGAAUGUGUUUAGUUGCUGUUAUGCUAUUAAAUGCCGGAUCUUUCCACUGUU